AUGCCAUCCAGACUGAGGAAGACCCGGAAACUUCUGGGCCACGUGAGCCACAGCCAUGGCCUCAUCGCAAGCACGGGAAGGGGAGUGAGGGGGGUAAGGGGGGUGGGUGGGGGGGGGGCAGGUAAUGCUGGUGGCUUGCAUCAUCCCAGGAUGAACUUGGACAUAUAUCACCCAGGCUACUUUGGGGAAGCUGGUGGGAGGCAUCACCGCUUACUAGUAAAGAGGAAACAGAGCUUCUGCCCAACUGUCAACCUUGAUAAACUGUUCACCCUGGUCAGUGAGCAGACACGGGGAAAGGCUGCCAAAAGCAAGACUGGAGCCGCUCCUUCCAUGGAUGUGGUGCCAUCCGGCUACUGCAAAGGUCUGGGGAAGGGAAAGCUCCCAAGGCCGCCUGUCAUUGUGAAGGCCAAGUUCUCCGGCAGAAGAGCUGAGGAGGAGAUGAAGGGUGUUGGUGGGGCCUGUGUGCUGGUAGCCUGA